AUGCGUUUCAAUAACAACCUCUUCUUGCUCGCCUCCUUCCUCGGCGCCGCAACCGCUUUCCGUCGAACUUGCAGGCCCGACCUCACUGGCGAUGUCCGAGGCACCGGCUUUUAUACCAAGACAGCAACCGACCUUGAUCGGGAUGUCGCGACUGACUUUUGCACCACUGUACCAGAGCUGCGAGUCAUGAACCCCGAAUUCCCUUCCAAAGCAGGAGACAUUUUCAGAGUUCCUUGCAAAAUUCGAAAGCGCGAUUGCUCUAGGAUUCCGACCAAUGAAAAUGGAUACUAUACGGUCGUCGAAGGCGACUACCUAUCAGAUAUUUCGAUAGACUUCUGCACAGAUACCCGCAAUCUUGCAAAAUUAAAUCCCGACCUUGCCAAUACGAACCUCGCCCCUGGCAUGGUCCUCGAAGUUCCUUGCCCUUUCAACUAG